GCGAGGUUACUGCUAGUUUGUGUAAGUACUUUAUCACUAGUAACUACAUCUGUACUUACAUCUGUUACAUGUGUGAAUAUGGCUGUCAAUUGAUGUGCGCGUGUUGCAGAAUACCAACUUCGAUGAAAAAAACUUGGUUUCCACCCCAAAUGCUUGUACUGAUUAUCUAGUAUUAUUUACCACCACUUAUUUUGAAACCAGCUGAUGUACUGUAUGUGCUGGUACUAACUAUUGGGAUUAGGAUAAAUUCAUCAAAACAGUUGCUUGCUAGCUCUCACACUGGCUCUUAUUGUAAGACGUAGUAGCACACAUAUUAUAGACAUAUCAAUUUUAUUGAAUAAUUCAUUUUUUAUAAUGACCAGAUUAUCCUGAAGAUGGUGAUUUAGGAUUUUUUUUAGUAAGACGAUACAUUUUUUUUCUUCGAGUUUUUUUUUUUUUUGUAAGUACUGUCAUCAGAACGUCGAAAAUGUCGGACAUAAAAAGUAUGGAGCACCCGACUUUGAAGGUGCCAUACGAAUUACUGAAUAAAAAAUUCCGUUCGACGCAAAAAGCUUUGGAUCGAGAAGUAUCGCAUGUACAGACAGCUGCUAAUGAGUUGGAGAAAGGAAUAAAUAAUAAUAAUGGACAUGCAACAACUGGAGAGAUAAGUCGUUUAUUAGGUGGUGUCGUGGCUAAAUUGCAGGCAUUGAAGAGAAAGGCGGAGGAAUCUAUUUCUGAAGAAUUACAAACUGGUAUGGUUUGUAAAAGACGUUUAGACCAUUUAAAAGAUCAUGGUAGUUCAUCACCAAGUGUUGUCAAUCAAUGGCGAAGACAGAGACUUGACAGGAUGCUUGUUGAAUAUUUUUUAAGAAAGGGAUAUUACAAAACAGCUAUGAAACUCGCUGACACUACUGAGCUACGUGAUUUAACAAAUAUUGAUGUCUUUAUGGUGUCAAGAGAAGUUGAAAUAUCAUUAGCUAAUCAUGAAACAGCAAGAUGUUUAGGAUGGUGCCAUGACAAUAAAUCAAAGCUAAGAAAAUUAGGAAGUACAAUGGAAUUUAAUUUACGAGUUCAAGAGUUUAUUGAACUAGUACGCGCUGAUCGUAGAUUGGAUGCUGUCAAACAUGCGCGUAAAUGUUUUGCUAAUUAUGACGAGUAUCAAUUACAAGAGAUACAAAGUUGUAUGGGACAACUGGCGUUUCCAGCAAAUCCUUACCUUAGUCCUUACAAAGAUUUGUUAGAUGAAAAAAGGUGGGAUCGACUUAUUGAACAAUUUCGUCAUGAAAACUACAGAUUGUUUCAAUUAGCAAGUCAAAGUGUAUUUACAGUUGCACUUCAAGCUGGUUUAUCAGCAUUGAAAACUCUUCAGUGUUAUGGUGCUAAUAAAGAAUGCAAAAAUCCAAGUUGCCCUGUUUGUAAUGAAACACUAAAUGAAUUGGCGACACCUUUACCUUUUGCUCAUUGCUCACAGUCGAGACUCGUAUGCAGUAUUAGUGGAGAGCCGCUUAAUGAAUACAACCAACCCAUGAUGAUGCCCAAUGGAUACGUUUAUGGUGAAAAGGCGCUUGAAAAAAUGGCACAAGAAAAUAACGGAGCAGUUAUUUGCCCUAAAACCAAAGAAGUAUUUCCAUUUAAAAAAAUUGAAAAAAUUUAUGUUAUGUAAUAUAAAAUAACAAUUGAACUUAAUUACACAAUAUCACUAUUAUGUAAUAACUUCUUUAAUAAUUACUAUCAAUAAUUAAUUAAUUACUAAUUAAUAAUAUUAAUUGAAUCUUAACUAAUAUGUAAGUUGUAAAAUAAUACAAUAUAUAAAUAUAUUUUUUAA